AUGAAUAUUUCGGUAACCCCAAAAAAGAGAACUCGGAAACUUCCAGAUGAUGUUACAAUUACUUUCUUUGACGAAGACGCAGUAGGGGUCAUCUUACCCUAUAAUGAUGCUCUUAUUAUGACCGUACUCAUCGGAAGCUGCCAAGUCAAGCGGAUCAUGGUAGAUUCGAGGAGUUCAGGUAAUAUCCUUCGCUGGAAGGUGGUUGAAGAAAUAGGACUUCUUGAGAAAAUGAUACUGGCUGCCAGGACACUUUCUAGGUUCAGUAUGGCCAGCGAGACCACCAAGGGCGAGAUUGACCUACCCGUAGAAGCUGGCGGGGUCACAAAGUAUACAAAGUUUUAUGUGAUUGGAGGCGAUAUACAGUACAAUGCUAUUUUCGGGAGGUCCUGGCUCCACGAUAUGAAUGUUGUCCCCUCGACGCUUCAUUUGCUGCUCAAAUUUCCUACUCCAGACGGGAACAGGCAGAUUCGGGGGGAGGAUACGACAAGGGAUAUGUUCAUUGUGGAGGAGCCCGCAGCAGUGGAAAGCCCAAGCAAACCUACCUUAUAUCAAUUACAGAGCCCGAUUCCCGCAUUGGAUGCAUAUCAACAAGCGCCAACAGAUAGCAAAAACGAUAUGAGGCCCGAGGAGGUUGAAGAUGAUUAUGGGGUCCCAAGGUAUUUCUAG